ACCUGCGGGAACUAAAAGGGACCAAUCAUGAAAAAGGGAAAGGUCGACUCUGACAAUGAGCCUCCCAGCUAUCAGGAGGCAACAGCAGGCUAUGGCGAGAUGGAGGCCCAGUUUGCGUGGGACGACAAGGUCAUCAGGCGGACGUUCAUCAGAAAGGUCUACGCCAUCCUCUCAGUUCAGCUGCUGGUGACCGUGGGAAUCAUCUGUCUCUUCACAUUUUGCGCUCCGGUGAGGUUUUACAUCCAGACUCAUCCCGGCCUCUACAUGGCGUCUUAUUUAAUGUUUUUUGCCACUUACAUUGCACUGUCGUGCUGCGGAGAACUCAGGCGUCAGUUUCCCUGGAACAUCAUUCUUCUGGUUCUCUUUACUCUGAGCAUGGCCUUCAUGAUGGGAUUUGUGUCGAGCUUUUACAACACCAAGUCUGUGAUGCUGUGUUUGGGAAUCACAGCUGUGGUGUGUCUCUCCGUCACCGUCUUCAGCUUCCAGAGCAAGGUGGACGUGACCUCCUGUCAGGGCGUCCUGUUCUCUCUCUGUAUGGCCAUGCUCCUCUGCGCCAUCACUCUAUCCAUCGUCGUGCCGUUCGGAUACGUUCCCUGGUUACACGCCAUCUAUGCCGUUCUGGGAGCCAUCCUCUUCACACUGUUCUUGGCAUUUGACACUCAGCUGCUCCUGGGGAACAAGCGCUACACCAUCAGCCCAGAGGAGUACGUCUUCGCCACUCUCAGCCUGUACCUGGACAUCAUCUACCUGUUCAGCUUCCUGCUGCAGAUCAUGGGUGGAGGUCGAGAGUAG